AUGUCGAGGAACGUCUUGCGCCAGUCUGGCCGCAUUGCUGGCGCCCUAUCUGCUUCUGGCAGAAUAGCUGCGUCCCGUGUCGUCACCCCUGCACCUCUCAAUGCUGCCUCUAAACAAGUCCGAUCAUACGCAGCCGAUGCCAAAGCAUCUCCUACCGAAGUUUCCUCCAUCCUCGAGCAAAGAAUUCGUGGUGUGCAAGAGGAAGCAGGCCUUGCUGAGACCGGUCGUGUUUUGUCCGUCGGUGAUGGUAUUGCCCGUGUUCAUGGUAUGAGCAACGUCCAAGCCGAGGAGCUGGUCGAAUUCGCCUCUGGGGUCAAGGGAAUGUGCAUGAAUUUGGAAGCCGGCCAAGUCGGUGUUGUGCUUUUCGGUUCGGAUCGUCUUGUCAAGGAAGGAGAAACUGUUAAGCGAACUGGGCAGAUUGUCGACGUCCCUGUCGGCGAGGCCAUGCUUGGUCGCGUUGUUGAUGCUCUUGGUCAACCUAUCGAUGGAAAAGGCCCAAUCAAAACCACCGAGAGACGUCGUGCUCAAGUGAAGGCCCCAGGUAUCCUUCCUCGACGAUCUGUCAACCAACCUGUCCAGACCGGCCUCAAAUCCAUCGACGCAAUGGUGCCCAUUGGACGUGGCCAGCGUGAACUGAUUAUUGGCGAUCGUCAAACCGGAAAAACCGCCGUCGCUCUCGAUGCUAUGCUGAACCAGAAGAGAUGGAACAACGGCACCGACGAGACCAAAAAACUGUACUGCGUCUACGUUGCCGUUGGACAGAAACGAUCUACCGUCGCCCAGCUUGUCAAGACUCUGGAGGAAAACGAUGCCAUGAAAUAUUCCAUUGUUGUCGCUGCAACUGCUUCUGAAGCCGCUCCUCUGCAAUACAUCGCACCUUUCACGGGCUGCACCAUUGGCGAAUGGUUCCGGGACAACGGCAAGCACGCCCUCAUUAUCUACGAUGAUCUCACGAAGCAGGCCGUCGCCUACAGACAAAUGUCCCUGCUCCUCCGUCGUCCUCCUGGGCGUGAGGCUUACCCUGGUGAUGUCUUCUAUCUCCACUCUCGACUGCUGGAACGUGCCGCCAAGAUGAAUGACAAGCACGGCGGUGGCUCUUUGACUGCUCUUCCCGUCAUUGAGACCCAGGGUGGUGAUGUGUCUGCCUACAUUCCUACCAACGUCAUUUCCAUCACCGAUGGUCAGAUUUUCUUGGAAGCUGAACUGUUCUACAAGGGUGUACGACCUGCCAUCAACGUCGGUCUCUCUGUCUCGCGUGUGGGCUCAGCUGCUCAGCUCAAGGCCAUGAAACAAGUUGCCGGUUCCUUGAAACUCUUCUUGGCUCAAUAUCGAGAAGUCGCUGCCUUCGCACAGUUCGGUUCCGAUCUCGAUGCCGCUACCAAGCAGACCCUCAACCGUGGUGAGCGUCUGACUGAGCUCUUGAAGCAGAAGCAAUAUAGCCCUAUGGCCGUCAACGAAAUGGUGCCCCUCAUCUAUGCAGGUGUCAACGGUCACCUGGACAGCGUCCCCGUCGGCAAGAUCUUGCAAUGGGAAGCUGACUUCCUUGCGCACUUGAAGAGCGAUCAAGCUGAGCUACUGGCAAGAAUCGACAAAGAGGGCCAAUUGAGCAAGGACCUCGAGCAACAACUGAAGGAAGUGGUCCAGAACUUUACCAAGAAUUUCUCAUAG